GAGAUUGAAAGAGAAAGUUGAACCCUCUUCUUACACGACAAACAAUCUCUCUCCCUCUGUGAACCAAACCAACCAAAACCUUCCUUAUUAUCUAGUCUUCUUCCACUCUCCCUCCACCCGUAUACCGUUGCGAGGUCCAUUCAAAGACACGCCCCCAUUUUCUUCCACCUCCACCUUCUCUUGCUCUCAAACCCCCAAAACACAGAAAACCCGCUUCUCAAUUCCCCAAAAAAACGCAGAGGAAAGCGAAAAAUCUUUGCUUGCAUGGCUUUUCUCCCAAAGCUCGCAGCUUUUUUCGUGGUGUUAUUAUCAUUUUUUGAGAACCAUGUGCAUGCAAGGUUUGUGGUGGAGACGGGAAGCGUUAGGGUUCUGUAUCCAAUGAGCUUGCGCUCGAAGCACGACGGAGCUAUCGGCAACUUUGGGCUGCCGGACUAUGGCGGCUCCUUGGUGGGUGCUGUUGUCUAUCCUGAAAAAGGGUCUUCCGGGUGUGAAGCUUUUGAGGGUGACAAGCCUUUCAAGUCGAAAAAUUCUCGCUCCUCCAUUGUUGUUCUUGAUCGCGGAGGUUGCUACUUUGCUUUGAAGGUGUGGAAUGCUCAACAGGCUGGAGCCUCAGCCGUUUUAGUGGCAGAUAACAUUGAAGAGCCUCUAAUAACAAUGGAUUCCCCGGAAGAGAGCAAUGAUGCAGAUGGUUACAUAGAGAAGAUUGGAAUUCCGUCAGCUUUGAUAGAUAAAGCUUUUGGUGAUAGCUUGAAGGAAGCAGUAAAGAACAAGGAAGAUGUUGUGGUGAAACUAGACUGGAGAGAGUCAGUGCCACACCCCGAUCAAAGAGUUGAAUACGAGUUCUGGACAAACAGCAACGACGAGUGUGGGGCUCGUUGUGAUGAGCAAAUGGCUUUUGUGAAAAAUUUCAAGGGUCAUGCUCAAAUUCUGGAGAGAGGGGGUUACACGCUCUUCACUCCACAUUAUAUAACUUGGUAUUGUCCUCACGCAUUUGUCCUCACAACUCAGUGCAAGUCUCAAUGCAUAAACCAUGGGAGAUAUUGUGCACCAGAUCCUGAGAGAGAUUUAGGAGAGGGGUACCAAGGGAAGGAUGUGGUGUAUGAGAACUUGAGGCAGCUUUGUGUGCAUAGAGUUGCCAAUGAGAGCGGCCGGUCAUGGGUUUGGUGGGAUUAUGUGACAGACUUCCAUAUCAGAUGUUCCAUGAAAGAAAAGAAGUAUAGCAAAGAAUGCGCCGAGGAUGUCAUGAAAUCACUUGAUUUGCCUGUUGACAAGAUAACAAAUUGUAUGGGUAAUCCUGAAGAUGAUGUCGAGAAUGCAGUGCUCAAAGCCGAACAAGAAAUCCAGGUAGGAAAAGGAUCUCGUGGUGACAUUACCAUCUUGCCGACAUUGGUUAUUAACAAUGCUCAGUUUCGAGGAAAAUUAGAGAGAACUGCUGUGCUAAAGGCCGUAUGUGCUGGAUUUAAGGAGACGACUGAUCCUCCCAUUUGUUUGAGUGGAGAACUUGAGACAAAUGAGUGCCUUGAGAGGAAUGGUGGCUGUUGGCAGGACAGCCAAUCUAAUAUAACUGCUUGCAAGGACACAUUUAGGGGAAGAGUUUGCGAGUGCCCUCUAGUGAACGGUGUUCAGUAUAGAGGCGAUGGUUAUACAUCUUGUGAUGCUUUCGGACCUGCAAGAUGUGCGAUAAACAAUGGAGGUUGCUGGUCAGAAUCUAGAAAUGGAUUGCAUUUCUCGGCAUGCUCAAACUCUGAGUUAUCCGGCUGCAAAUGUCCACAAGGCUUUCAUGGGGACGGUCAUAAAUGCGAAGAUGUUGAUGAAUGCAAGGCGCGUACUGCUUGUCAGUGUGAUGGCUGCAGCUGUAAGAACACUUGGGGCGGGUACAACUGCAAAUGUAAGGGAGGUCAGCUGUACAUGAAGGAGCAGGAUACUUGUAUUGAGAGACAUGGAUCGAGAUUUGCCUGGUUUUUAACUUUCAUGGUCCUCGCGGCUGUGUCGGCUGUUGGCCUAGCUGGUUACAUCUUCUACAAAUACAGGCUUCGAUCUUACAUGGACUCCGAGAUCAUGGCUAUCAUGUCGCAAUACAUGCCUCUGGACAGCCAGCAGGCCAGUCAAGUACAUACCGCCGACUCAGAACCCCUACGACAAGGCUCAGUAUAAGAAACACAAGCUAAACAACCUAUUCCGGUCAAGGGCAUCCGCGAGACGCUCCCUGCGGAUACUUGACUCCAUUUACUAGCUCAUAGGUAAAUCAGGAAAAGACGUUCGGAUACAGUACACGAUAGUAUAGGAUGAAUUUGGGAGAUUUCUGUAUGUACGUAUGCAGGAGAUUUUCUUCCCAUACCACUCUUUUCUGUGUGUAGAUAAAAGUGCUCAGAUGUAAAUUUUGGUUUGAGGAAAAAGAAGGAUCAAUAUAUAUAUAUAUAUAUAUGAAAUUAUAACGACAUACAUAUAUAAGAGAAAAAUAAAAUAAGACAGAAAAGGAGAAAGUUGUGUGUGUAAUAUGUAUUUCUUCUUCUAAAUAUAAUUUACAAAAUCAAUA